AUGUCUGAUACUGAACAGCAAUACAUGGAGACCGCUGAGAACGGUCAUGAAGCAGCUAAUGCUGAAGGCGCUGAGGCAAAAAGGACAGAGGCUGGAGUAAAAAAUGGCUCCAAAGGUGAUCAGAUCGAUGCCAGCAAAGGCGAGGAGGACGCAGGGAAAAUGUUUGUUGGUGGCCUAAGUUGGGAUACAAGCAAAAAAGACUUGAAAGACUACUUUUCUAAGUUUGGUGAAGUAUCAAACUGCACAAUAAAAAUGGAUCAAAACACUGGGCAAUCAAGAGGAUUUGGGUUCAUUGUGUUUAAAGAUGCUGCCAGGGUUGACAAGGUAUUGGUGCAAAAAGAACAUAGACUCGAUGGACGAUUAAUUGAUCCCAAGAAAGCAAUGGCAAUGAAGAAAGACCCAAUAAAGAAAAUAUUCAUUGGCGGACUCAACCCAGAAGCAGGAGAGGAUAAAAUACGGGAAUAAUUUGGAACAUUUGGAGAGAUAGAAGCAAUUGAAUUACAAAUGGACCCUAAAACUAACAAGAGAAGAAGCUUAAUUUUCAUAACCUUUAAAGAAGAGGAGCCAGUGAAAAAAAUCCUGGAAAAGAAAUAAUACAAUGUUAGCGGUAGCAAGUGUGAAAUAAAAAUAGCACAACCUAAAGAAGUGUACCACCAACAGUAUGGUGGUCGAGGUGGCUUUAGUAGUUG